AUGAGUCGGCAGCUCAGUUCUAGGUCUGGGUAUCGGUGCGGAGGCGGCUUCAGCUCUGGCUCUGCCGGGAUGGUCAAUGUCCAGCGCAGGGCCACUACCUGCACCAUGCGCCGCAGCGGCGGCGGCGGCGGCGGCGGCGGCGGCGGGCGGUUUUCCGGAGGAGCGUGCGGCGGGGGUGCAGGCGGCAGCUUAGGAAGUCGCAGUCUUGUGAACCUUGGCGGCACGAAAAGCAUCUCCAUGAGUGUGGCCAGAGGAGGCGGACACGGCAGCUUUGGCGGCGGGGGUGGCAGCUUUGGGGGUGGCAGUUUUGGAGGGAGCUUUGGUGGUGGCGGCCGUGGCGGCUUCGGCGGCGGCAGCUUCGGCGGCGGCAGCUUCGGCGGCGGCAGCUUCGGCGGCGGCAGCUUCGGCGGCGGAGGUAUCGGCGGAGGUAUGGGCGGAGGUAGUUUUGGCAGCGGUGGAAUGGGGGGUGGAUAUGGGCCUGUCUGUCCUCCUGGUGGCAUCCAGGAGGUCACCAUUAACCAGAGCCUGCUGCAACCCCUCAACGUGGAGAUCGACCCCGAAAUCCAGAAAGUAAAGUCUCAAGAAAGGGAGCAAAUCAAGUCGCUCAACAACCAAUUUGCCUCCUUCAUCGAUAAGGUGCGGUUCCUGGAGCAGCAGAACCAGGUGCUGCAAACGAAGUGGGAGCUGCUGCAGCAGGUGGACACCUCGACGAAGACCCAGGGCCUGGACCCCUACUUCGAGGCCUACAUAAGCAACCUCAGAAAUAUGACAGACCAGCUGAAAAGAGAACAGACUACCAUGGACACAGAACUGAAGAACAUGCAAGAUCUGGUAGAAGAUUACCGGAACAAGUAUGAGGAAGAAAUCAACAAGCGGACAAACGCAGAGAAUGAAUUUGUGACCAUCAAGAAGGAUGUGGAUGCUGCUUAUAUGACCAAGGUGGACCUUCAGGCCAAAGUCGACACCUUGCGCCAGGAAAUCGAGUUCUACACAGUACUCUAUCAAGCGGAGCUGGCACAAGUGCAGACGCACAUCAGUGAGACCAGUGUCAUCCUGUCCAUGGACAACAACCGCAGUCUGGACCUGGACAGCAUCAUCGCCGAGGUCAAGAGCCAGUAUGAAGAGAUCGCCCAGAGGAGCAAGGCCGAGGCUGAGGCCCUGUACCACAGCAAGUAUGAAGAGCUCCAGAUGACUGCUGGUCAGCACGGGGACACUCUCAAAACUUCGAAGAUGGAGAUUUCAGAGCUUAAUCGCAUGAUCCAGAGACUUCGAUCUGAGAUUGACAGCAUCAAGAAGCAGAUCUCGGGGGUGCAGCAAUCCAUCACCGACGCCGAGCAGCGGGGUGAGAACGCCCUCAAGGACGCCCAGGGCAAGCUGAACGAGCUGGAGGACGCCCUGCAGAAGGCCAAGGAGGACAUGACCCGGCUGCUGCGUGACUACCAGGAGCUCAUGAACACCAAGCUGGCCCUGGACAUGGAGAUCGCCACCUACAGGCAGCUGCUGGAGGGCGAGGAGAUCCGGAUGUCCGGAGAGUGCGUCCCCAACGUGAGCGUGUCGGUGAGCACCAGCCACAGUAGCGUCAGCGGAGGCGGUGGCCGAGGCGGCGGCGGCGGCUACGGCUCGGGCUCCGGCUUUGGCGGCGGCCGGGGGGCUGGCGGCGAGGGCGCCGGGGGCAGCUUCGGCUCCUCCGAAGGCCGGGGCUCCAGCAUCGGGGGCGCCUCGGGCUCCGGGGACACCAAGACCACCAGCGGCAGCUCCAGCGUGAAGUUCGCGUCCACCAGCUAUUCCCGAAUGGUCAGAUGAAGCGCUGGCCUCGAGUUAGCUCUCCCUCUCCCUCACCACCAGAAGCGCUGGGCCAGGCCGAGGUGGACUGCUCCAGCCUUGGAGGAGAAAGAGCUAUGGUUACUUGCGUGGGGCCAUCGUCCUCCAGCUCUCCCCUUCUGCUCUGCUUCCUGAAGGACUUUAGCUCAGUGGCACACUCAGUCCCUGGCUAUGCCCCUGCUUUGUGAUGCUCCGAAGAUCAGCCACCACCACCACACUCCCGCGCGUCCCCAAGCCGGCUGAGGGCUGGCGAGCCCCGGCUUCCUUCCCCUGCACCCAGCCCCCUUCUCGCCCCACUUCCCCCAGCCAGUUCUGCUGCUUGGUGAUGCACAAGGUGGAAGCACAUUCUCCCGGAGAGUCUCAAACUCCCGUUUCUUUGUGUUGCUACAAUAAACCGCAUUUGCAAUUC